CUACUCCAUUAAUUGUAUGCCCUUUUCGCACUGCUUCUUCAUCACCAUCACCAUUGCUUCGUCCCCCCUUUCCCUGAGCUGUGCUCAUUCUCUUCCUUCUUCUUGUUUCCCCCCUUUUUUUUUCUUUCCCUUCUCUGCUUCGCUCCUGGCGAGCGAAGCCCUUCUCGCGACUCUACAAACACCAGAACCUCUGUGAGGUUCUCUGUUCCAACCAUCCCGACCAGCAUCGUGCAGCGUUCCCUGCCGAGAGCCUCUGGCGAUGCGAUGGACACACAGACGCGGCAGCAGCAGCAACAAGAGCAGCAGCACCGGCACCAGCACCAGCUUCACCACAGACCCCAUGACGGUGGGUGCCAGCAGCAGCCACGGGAUGCGGCCGACGCGGGCCAGGCGGGCCCAGAAGCUGCUCGCGGGUAUUCGAACGACAGUCGUGGGCGCGCCGCAGCGGCCACGGCGGCAGCCGCCGCUUGGUCGUGGAGCGCAUUCAAGAUGGCCCGUGCAGGCUCGCUCCUCUACGUCGUCGCCGCCGCGCUCCUCGUCGGACAGCAGGGCGGAGGAGCCGGAGGAGUGGGAGCACUUGCUGUGCCGGCGCAGCCCUUCCUCCUCGCUCGUGGUGGAGAUGGCCUCGCGAUCGAGCAGCGCAGCCAGCAGCGUGUGCAGCCUCGGCAUGAUGGUGGGCAUCUGAGUGCGCGGCAGGCAGACGGCGACCAGGAGCCCACGGCGCGCUGGGGCCAGACGGCCGCCUACCUCGCCAGCUCCAACGUCGUCGUCUUUGUCGGUGGCCGCUCUGCCACCGACGGAGGCCUGACAAACGACGUCUAUGCGAUGGACCUCGCCGCCAACUCAUCGAGCAAGUGGACCAAGCUCGACUCGGACGGGCUCGAGCCGCACGCCUUUGCGGCCAGCACCGUCGUUGGUGGCGAUGACGGCAGCGACGAGCGGCUGUACAUCAUCGGCGGCCAGCGCAACGACUGCUCGAGCUCCGAGACGUACGACUCGCCGGCGAGCUUUGUGUGGGCGCCCACGAUGGCUGGCAGCUCGUGGCGCAACGCGACGUGGAUCAAGGUCGGCGGCUCCAGCGCCGAUGCACCCGCUGCGACGCGGAUGGGCGCCCGGGCCGUGUCCGUCUCGCCGGGCCUGGGCCUCAAUGCGACGAGCCAGCGCGAUGCAGGCGGCGCAGGCAUCAUGGUCGUGGGCGGCGCCUCGACGACGUGCAAGGACCAGGGCGCCAUCUACACGGGCAUCGACAUCCUCACGGUCGAGGACCGCAAGCCGGCGACGGGCUCGAUGAACUGGUGGAAGUCGUGGAUGUGGACGGUGCCCCAGCAGCCGACACUCACGGGCGCCCGCUCGCUCGCCCUGCCCACGUCGAUGACCGAGGCCAACAUCUCGCUCGCAGACUACUCCAGCGUCGUGCUCCCCACCGCCAACAACGGCUCCCGGCUCGUGCUCCUCGGCGGCCUCGAUGCCACCAACAACCUGGCGCCCAUGAACAGCCUCUGGACCCUCGAUCUGUCCUCGGGCGUCUGGUCCACCCUCGAUGCCUCGGCGGGGCAGGUGCCCGCGGGCCGGAUCGGCAUGGCGUCGGCAGCCACGCGCGACGGCAAGAUCAUCAUCCACGGCGGUUACACCUCCCUGUCGUCGGGCGCGAACCCGACGACGGACGUGUACACGCUCGACUCCUCGGCGAGGCCGGCACGCUGGACAAAGAUGCAGGGUGGCGCCUCGCCCGCCAAGGCCUACCACUCGGCCGUUGUUGCUGGCGACGUCGUCAUCUUUGGCUUCGGACAGGGCUCCCCUUCUUCUUCGUCCUCUUCUUCGUCCUCUUCCUCGUCUGCGGGGCAGUUCUCCUCGGGCGACAGCGGCCAGGUCAGCUUCCUCGACACGGGCCACCCCGAUGGCUGGAUGUGGAGCAGCAGCGUCGACGGCGUCGUCGCUGCUCGCGUCGAUCCGUCGUCUUCCUCGUCCUCGUCGGCGGGGCCCAUGCAGCCGGUCAGCUCCUCGGAUGGCCAGCAGCAGCAGCAGCAGAGUGCAUCGACGCAGGCUCAGGGCGGCGACGAGGCCAGUGACUCCUCCUCUCCUGCCCCCGCCGCCCAGUCUCCUGCGCCGGCCUCCUCUCCCUCCUCUGCCAGCCAGCGCCCUGCGUCUUCCAGCACCGACAACCAGGACAAGACCAGCGACGAUAGUGAUAGCAGCUCCAACGACGACAGCGACAACGACAGUGACAACAAGAGCGCCGACGACGGCGACAAGGACCAGGACACCAACAGCAACAGCAAGGCCAAGGCGUCGCCAUCGAACGAGCCCACGAAGCAGCCCGCCUCGACGCCGUCCCCCUCACCCGCAGACUCUCCUGCGGCGGCGGCAGACCAGCCGGCGGUGACGAGCAAGCAGCGCACUGCCGCUGUACUUGGCUCCGUCCUGGGCGCCACUGCCCUCGCGGCCGCCGUCGGAGGCAUGUAUGCGUUCCACAAGCGCCGCCAGGCGGCCAAGCGCGCCCAGGCCGAGGAUGAGGCGCACGAUUUCGACACCGUCGAUGGCGAAAAGUGGGCCUCGAGGCCGCUCUCUGCGCUCCAGCUCAACGAUCCCGGUGCCGGUGCUGGCGGCGGGUUCGCUGCUGGCAUCAAGCGGCGCGCGAGCAUGCUCUGGACCUCGUCCCGCAACAACGACGAGCCCGAGGACAGGUACAGCUCGCCGACGGGUGCGACGACGCGCGGCUUCCACGUCGUGCGCAAUGCGCCGCCGCGGACCAGACUGAGCAUGCGCCGGGCCACUGUCGCUGCCGAUGCGCCCGCCUCUGCCUCGAGGCAGGGCCGCGCGCUCCCCGACUCGUUCAUCGACUCGCUCCUCGACGACCAGGACCGGCGCGCCUAUCUCGACAUUGGCCGCACAGUCGGCGGCGGGUUUGUCGCUGCCCCACCGCGCGCGCAUCUUGGCGGUGGUGUUGGUGCGCGCUCCAUCGCUUCGUCCUCGGACGCGGGCGACGUCGACCUCGACGGCGAGGAUGGCGCGUCGCACUUCAGCUACCCCUACCUCGGCGCCAUGCACCGCCCCUCGCUGGCAAAUCUCAACGCGAACCUGUCGGCGUCGUCGUCGCCGCCACGCCUCGCCGGCCUCUCGCCCUCGUCCAACGGCGACGCAGGCGGUGCUGCGACGGUGUCUCCGCGCGACGCGCUCCGGCGCGCCCGCCUCUCGUCGCCCGGCGAGCGGUACCGCAACGCGGCGAUGGAGCCCCACUGGAGCCCCGACGAGGCCGAGGCGAUGCACGCCAUCUUUGUCCAGUCGGUCCGCCGCUCGCCAGCCGGUGCGGCCGACUCGCCCGGCCAGCUCGUCGACGGUGACGACGACGGCGACGAUGAAGACAACGACGCUGAGAAGGACAAGGAGGAGGACCUGACGACAAACGUCGCGCAGCGCUUCGUCACGCCGCGCAUCUCGUCGGGCGCCGGCUUCGAGUCGUCGCCCAUGCUCUUUCCCUGGACCACGGCGAGCCCGCGGCCAGGGAUGGGCCCGACGAUGCCCGCCGAGGCGCGCAAGCGGAGCGAGAAGCGGGCGCGACGCAUGGACUGGCGCGUGACCAACUAGGCUGCUGCUCCCUGUCCACCCACACUGCUCUUACCAAUCCCAUUGCCAUUGCUGUCCAAUUUGCUGACCAGUGU